CCCCUGGCUGGGUGCCAGGCCCAUCCACUUCCUGCCCGGGCAGAGAGUCCAAGCUGUGGCUCGCAGGAGCAGCCGGGUGUGCUAGGAGCCCAGGUUGCUGUGACGGCUCCUGUCCGCACUGCCCAGGCCGGGAAUAGGCACCCGCUGCUCUGAUGGAGGCAGGGCCCUCCGGAGUCGUCCUGCUGACGCAGAUCAUACCCCAGCCCCACUCGUCAGACUCCUCUGCCCCACCGCGGCCUCUGCGGAAGUUCUACCAGGGGGAGCCGCUGGCUCUGGGCAUCACACAGAUACUCAUGGGCAUUGUGCAGGUAGCUUUCGGCAUCAUCCUGAAUCUGGCGAAUGGCUAUCAGAUAAUAGCGAUACAGGCGGGGACCCCCUUUUGGACGGGGAUCCUGUACAUCCUUUCGGGGUUCAUUUGUGUGACGGCUGCCAAGAACCCCAAGAUCUCACUGGUGAAGGCCAUGCUGGCUAUGAAUACCCUCAGUGCCAUAGUGGCCGGAGUGGGCAUCGCCCUCUAUUCGCUCUCGCUUAUCUUCUACUACCCGCACGGAACCUGCCAGUGGAUCGAGGAGUCCAAGUCCUGCGCGCCAACCUCCCGAGUGCCUGCGGAUACCAUGCUUGGGGUAACCAUGAUUCUCCUCGCCUUCACCAUCCUGGAGUUCUGCAUCUCCAUCUCCAGUGCCGCCUUCGGGUGCAAAACACUCUGCCGGGACAGCUACGGCGACACGUCCGUGGUGAUUUAUCAGAACAUGGGGCCCCCAGCUGCCCUCACCAAUGACCCCCCCAAAGCCCCACCCCCUUACCAGGACACCCAGACCCCCUGAGCCGUGCCCCACGACAGCCACCGGCAGACCCCAACUACUGUGAGCUGCUGCCGGCCCUUGAGUGGCCCCCAGGGGGCAGCGCAGCAUCUGGGCCAGCACCGUGGAUGGUGACAACCGGGACUCGCUCCUGAUGGUGCCAUCUACACUAAUGGUGUCACAGCUUCCUGCUGCGGAUUUAAAGGGACAGUGCGAGACUACAGUGUGGAAAAUUACAGCUUCUUUCUUUCUUUCUUCUCCGCUGCCCACAGGAUCUGAUUCCUCUCUGCUGCACAUUCACCCCUGAUCUCCCCACACCCAAUAAACGUGUUUCAUAUGAACGACCA